AUGAAAGCUGAAUAUAAUCCGGAUCGUUGGUUUCGUCGUGAAAUUCAAAUUGAAAUGAAAAAUUUACAAGAAAAACUUAGUAAAUAUGUUAAUUGUGAUUCCAGUGAUAUAGUUAUUCUAGAAAAUGCUUCAAACGGAAUCAAUACAAUAUUAAAAUCUAUAAAAUUUCAUUCAAAUGAAACAAUUUUAUAUUAUAAUAUUGCUUAUGGAAUGGUUAAAUUAACUUUACAAUAUAUUUCAAGUGAAAUUCUUACUCCUGAACAAUGUGUAGAAAUUAUUUUAGAUCAUCAAACAAUUCAAAAUACUGAUUUAUUAUUAAAAACAACUGAAGAUACUUUAGAUAAAAUAAAAAAUGUAAAAUUAAUUGUUUUUGAUCAUAUUAGUUCAGUUCCAUCUAUUCUAUUUGAUGUUGAAACAAUGAUAAAAUUCUUUCGUGAGAAAGGUAUUUUAACUCUUGUUGAUGGUGCACAUGCAAUUGGAGCUAUUCCGAUUGAUUUAAAAAAACUUGAUCCAGAUUUUUAUAUUACAAAUGCUCAUAAAUGGUUAUAUACUCAUCGAAGUGCUUCUUUAUUAUAUGUUAAAAAAGAUUUUCAAAAUUUAAUUCAUCCAAUAAUAACAUCAUUUGGAUAUUUACAACCUUUUCAAGAUGAAUUUUUCUGGCUUGGAACAAAAGAUUAUAGUGCCUAUUUAACAAUAUCAGAUGCAUUAGAUUUUCGUCAAACAAUUGCUAAUGAAAAUCAAAUCUAUUCUUAUAUGCAUCAAUUAGCUAAUCAAGCUGGAAAUUUACUAGCACAAAUGUGGAAUAGUUCAAUAUUAACAUUAGAUGAAAAAUAUAUUAGUACAAUGAAUAAUAUUCAAUUACCAUUAACUAUUGAUACAUUAGAUAAAAAGGAUAAUUUAUAUAAAAAACUAGUCAAUGAUUAUAAUAUAUUUUUACCAAUGUAUGAAUUUGAUAAGAAGUUUUAUUGUCGAAUUAGUGCACAAAUUUAUAUGGAAUUAAAUGAUUAUGAAAAAGUUGGAAACAUUGUUUUAGAUAUUAUUUUCAAUAGAGAUCCACCUCCUAAUACAGCUCAAAAGAAAAACAUCUCUACUAUUUUAUUUAUUAGUCUUAUCUUAUAUGUUAUGCAACUUUAUUGA